AUGAAGCCCGCAUGCGUCGUGGCUUUCUUGUUUGCGUUGGCUUUCAAGGCCGGGGUGUCUGCCGACACCCUUCGGGUCGACGCGGCCGGAACAGACGUCGCGGAUGCCGGAGGAGCGGAAACCGCGGAAGCGUGCCAGUCUGGGAGCCUGAUCCAACGCCUGAGCUCAUCCCAUAAGGUGCUGUCCGACACGGAGGCGACGCCAGCGGAGUCCCUCAAGAAGACGCCAGAGAUCAAGGAGAAGAAGAAGACGAAGAAGAUGAUGAAGAAGCAAAAGUCGGACAAGCAGCACUCAGAUUUCAUGGCCUUUCUCGCCGAGGCCAAAAAGGAUGGGCCUGGGCAUCCUGAGGGCUCUGAGUGCGAGCCGGCAGGAGCUCCGCUACUGGGCGAGAAGAGGGCAAAGUUCGAGCUGCUUUCGCAGAAGGUCUUCGCCCUCGACCUGGAUCCUGUCCUCGCCCGCCUUGUCAAGAAGAACGAAUACGCACCCAAGCUUGCGAAGAGGGCCGCUGAUGAGUACCGGAAGUUCCUUGUCUUGAUGGGCAUGGGGGAGACGCCGAUCGCCUCCCACAUGGUUCUCGACGCCUGGCAUUCCCACAUCAUGUACACGAAGAUGUACGAGCGGGACUGUCAGGAGGUAUUUGGCCACCAGCUGGAACAUGACCCCCUCGGUCAGCAACUGGAAGAGAGUCGCCUGAAGCAGACGCAGCAGCAGAUCUGUGACUACUUCGGCAUGGUUGACCGACUUGUGUGGUCGGCAGCAAAGCCAGCUGCUCUCUCGGAGAGCACGGACCCAUCUGACACAGCGGCCAUCAUGGAUCAGUGGCUGGACCACAUCAACGAGGAGGUUGAACUCCGCAAAGGUCUCCUGGCAGAGGACGUCCACGUCAUGGUGGCUUCGCAGCACACCAACACGGCCGUGACGCACACGGGCCUCGAGAACGCUUUGUCCUUCUUCCACCACUACAGCCAUGCCACCAGAGCCCGGAAGUUCCUGUCCGUGGACCAGGAGGCCUUUGCCAUCGAGAUUGAGAAGGGCAAGCGCAUGGGGGCCGACAUCUUCGAGGUGGGUGACGGGAAGAUUCUGGACGUGAAGAUCUUCAUGGCCACCUUUUUCAAGGACGUAGACGACCUCAACGACACAGGGCUCGAGAAUCUCACCUUGCACUACACGGGCAACGGAUCCAUGGCCAGGAACACUUACCCCCUACAAGCGAUGGUCCAAGUCGGGGAGGCAGGCGUCGCGUUGACCAAAGCCGCCAUGGAGACGUGGAUGCUCAAUUUCAACAACAACGCAGCUGAGAAGCACGACCUUCUGGCGGCCGACGUGCACCUGACGCAUAUGUCGCAAGUGACCGAUGCGCCUGACGUUCGUGACGGGAAGGCUGCAGUGAUAGACUUCUUCCGCGACUUCGAAAAUGCCACUGGGGCUCGAGGGUUCCUUUCCGUGGACGGAGGCGCCUUCAUGAUCGAGAACAAGGGCAAUAACCUCCACCCCCGGAUGGGACUCUUGAUUUUCGAGGUGAACCCCGAAGGCAAGAUCCAAGACAUCAAGAUUUGGGUGGCCUCCCUGCAGGGAGAUAGAGACGACUUGAGCGACACUGGCCUGACUAGCGUCGCACCGUCGCUACUGGACUCACGCGGAGUGGGGGCCUCGGUUUCGGGCGCGACUGAGCCUGCUGUGUGCCAGCAAUCCGGCAGCCGACCAUCGCUGCAGCAGAUGCAGAGGUUCAACGCAUCUGUUGAAAACGUGAAAGCGCUGGAUCUGGAUGCGGUCGUGGCGGUUCUCGUGAAGAAGGACGGCUACUCGCCCACGAAGGCCGCAGAGCUCGCGGAGGAAUACCGCAAGUACCUCGCCCUGGUGAGCAUCGGUCUCAGCCCCGUGCCGUCGAAGAAGGUGGAUGAUGCAUGGCACGCCCACAUCUUAAACACCAAAAAGUACCAGGCAGACACCCGCGCUCUGUUGGGCCACUUCCUCCAUCACGAGCCGGCGAACCUUCUCCUGGAGCAGCAGGGCAUGAAAGAGCAGAAAUCGUCCAUGGACAACAUGUUCUCGCGCACCAAGAUGCAGCUCUGCGACUACUACGGCCGCGUCGAUGAAGCGGCGUGGGCCAAGGAAGACGUUGCCCUUUGCACGUGCGGGUGCGCCUGCGGUUGCGGUUGCAGCUGUGGAUGCGGAUGCUCAUGUGGGUGUUGUUGCUGA